AUGGCUUCUUUCCUGAACCAGAAGGUCAGCCUAGAUGUUAUGGACGACUUACGUUUAAGGAUCUGCCGCUGUUCCAGAAAUAUUUCCAGAAAGUGCAGCUGCUUAUCUAAAGUCCGUGAGUGCUCUGCCUGCCUCUACAUACCUGGAGAGUCUGACUGGUUUGACAGACACUUUGAAAAGGGAAUAGAGCCCCUGAUGUCAGAAAAUUCCAUGUCCUAUGAUGCUCUGGGAUUGUGGCUGGGACUUCAGAGAGUCAGGUCACAGAAGAAUGUUAAGAGUAUGCAGUUAACUAAUGUUUUUCCCGCACAUUCCUUGGACCAUUUGAAGUCUGGAUGCCAGAGCUGUGCAGUGGUAGGAAACUCAAGGUCCUUACUAGGUUCUGGUCUUGGCUUCAGGAUUAACCAACAUGAUGUGAUACUCAGGAUGAACAAAGCCCCUGUCCAAGGCUUUGAGACGGAUGUGGGGAAUACCACCACCUUACGUAUUGUGCAGCCUGAGAUUGCCAGCACUGAGAGCCCCGAACCCCAGCUGCUGCUUCCAUUGAAUUCAUCUGGUCUGAGAUGGAUGAUGACUGUGCUACGUGACUAUAAACUCUCCUGGAAGCCAAGAAACCCUGGAUUUCGGAUAGUCCAUUUCACUGAUGUAACCAAAGACAAGGUUCUGAUUAUCAGCAUCUCCUUCCUUAAGUAUAUCCAGGAAAAUUGGCUGGAAAACUAUGGUCAGUAUCCAUCGUUGGGGUUUGUGGCUCUGAUGUAUGCCUUGCAUACCUGUGACCAGGUGUCCUUGUUUGGCUUUGGAGUAGACCAUCACAAUAGAUGGACCCACUACUGGGAUGAUAAAUAUCUGAGCUAUGACAUCAUGAGAAAGUUCCCCAAAGAAAACGAUGUCAUCAUUAAGUUGCAGUGUGAGGGGAAGGUUGCUGUCUACAGAUGA